AUCUCAGAUACAACAUCUCAUUUACCUUCUACUUCGAUUCCAGAACCUUACUGCCGAUACUCUUACUAUUUCAAAUGUACAACCAGACAACCAUAUUAUCAGUACAUUCGACUUAAAGACUCUAAAAGACAGUUCCACAGAAAACCCCCUAUUCCAUCUCAAUGUCAAGACUCUGAUACUAGACAAUGUAGACGAAACAAUCAUCUACCGGAUAUUCAGCCGGUAUAUCUUUGCCGACCAAAUAGAAAUACACAUUCUCAAUCAGUAUUUCCAGAAUCUAGCCAUUGCCCAGAUUCUCUCCCUACCCAUAGGCCGGCCAAUAUCAAGACUUGUGCUCAAUGACUUUGCCGAGCUGAACGAAGUCCGAUAUUAUAGGAAACCAGACACAAACGAAGGCUUCUCUCUCUUCAAGUAUAUUAAGGAAUUCAAAGAUAAGAAUAAGAGUGAUGAAGAUGAGAAUGAAGAUGAUAAGGAUGAUAAGAAUAAAGAUAAGAAUGAUGAAGAUGAUAAAGAUAAGGGUGAUGAAGAUGAUAAAGAUAAGGGUGAUGAAGAUAAGAAUAAGAAUACGAAUGAUGAGGCUGGUAGCUUGAAACAAGAUCUAGGCUUACACAAACUAUGUCUACUAGUAAGCAAAGCUGAAAAUAGUUCGUAUAGUAGUGUUUUAACUGAACUUACCAGCCAUGGCAUUCAUAACGUUAUUGACCUAGACAAGUCUGAAGCUAACAGUACUAUAACUCGGCUUAACCAGACUAUUAUGGUAGAGAAUGAAAUUCUAGAUGUGCAUGGUGUGACUGUUGAUCUCUUAAAAUCAGACCUAGCUCUUUACCAGCAGCCUAGCCAGCUUCAAUCAAACCCAAACCAGCCCCGCCAACCCCAACAGAAAUUCCUUAGGAAACUAUCCUUAGACUUCUGCAAGAACCAAAACCUAACCAAAGCCGACCUAAUAAUCAUUAUUCAAUGGGCCCUCUGUCGAUUUAAGAAUCUCCUAACCAUGAAGAUAGUUGAAGUCAAUAUAUCCAACAACGAACAAAAAGAAAUCACGACUCACGCCUAUUGGACCGAAACCAAAUAUACUCUCCACCAAAUUCAAAUAAUACCCACCAAACCAAACCAACCACCCAUCAACUUAAUAAUCCGAUCCCUCCGCAACUGUAUCCUUACCAGCACAACCAAACACGAGCACGACUUCAUCGUAGCAUCAUCCACUACUCUAGCCCACCUUAGCACCCACCCCAAGCAACCUAACACUCAUCCCAACCAACCUAACGACCCCAUUCAUCAGCACAUCACACUCAAUUCCUUCUUCCAAUUCCUCUCCGCCCACCAUCUCAAAAGCACAACCACUCCAAUACUAACCCAAUGUAUCUACUGCUCCCGGGUCCCAUACAUGGCCACUUCAACCGAAGAACCCGCGACCAACAACCCCCACCUCCAUUUCAAUCCAAGCAUUCACUUCAACGCCCUUUGCUACUUUAAUUGUGUCCACCCAAUUUGCAACCACUGUCUAUUCCACUGCCAAGCCCAGCAGCAAUUCAACUGUCCCAUCUGCCAAUACCCAUACACCUGCCAAUACCCAUACCAACUCAUCAUAAUCCGUCUCAGCCACUUCAUCUUUACUAGACCCACCCCCACUACUCCACCCCCAAGGCCAGAAUGGCUCGCCGACCCCUCCACACCCGACAGCCAAGUCUAUUUAUGUGUCCCCCACCACAGCCUCAACACUCUCACCACCGAGCUCAAUGCCGAAGCCAUCCAUAUCCACACCCGCCGCCACUACAUCAUCUAUCCCCCACCCCAAUAA